AUGGAAAAAUUGAAAAAGGGACCAAAAAAAAAAAAAAUAAGUGCUAAAAAAAAAGAAGAAAGAAUUGGCUAUAUGAAGGAGCUAAAAAAAAUAAACAAAGACAUAAAUUCUGAACAAAAAAUAGUAGAUGAAAUAAAUUCAAAAAUUAAUAAUAUAGAUGCUAAUAUAUUUUUAGGAUACCAUGAUAUAAAGAUAUUAAAACUGGAAUUAAAAAAUAAAGAAAUCGAAUUUGAAGAAAAUAAAUCAAGACAACUUUUAUCAUCCAGAAAAAUUGAAAAUACUAUAAAUAAAUAUGUACUAAAAUGUUAUGAAUCUUUUUUGAAAACUUUAGAAGAAAAUGAAAUACAACUUCAUGAUAAAUUUAAAACGUUUCAAGUUGAAGAAAAAAGACAUUUAUCAGACAAAGAAUACAAUAAGCUAAUAACAGAUUCAAAUGUAAAUCAUAUAAAUAAAAUGAGUUCUAUGGUUUUAUCUCAAAAUGAAAUUAUAAACGAACUUAAUAAACGAUUUAUAAAAAACCUUAAAAUAAUUCGAGAAAAUUAUUCCAAAAAAAUCGAUAUGGAAAGAGAAGAAAAUGAUAAAAAAAGACAGAAAAUUAUUUUCGAUUUACAAAAGGAAAAAAACGAAAAUAUCAAAAAAAUUUUAACAGAAUAUAAUGAAAAAAUUAUAAAUAUUCAGAAUUAUUUUAAACUUAUUUUGGAUGAUCAAUUAGAAAUGAUCUAUCAGCUAGAGGAUGAGAAACUUUCGAAAAGGAAAAAUUAUUUUUCUAAAAAAAAAAAUUUAGAAGACUUAAAAAGGAAUAUCUGUUCUAAUAAAAAAAUAUUGCAUCAGUUGGAAAAAGAUAUAUCGUCUUUACAAGCUAAUGCAGUAGAUUAUGAACAAUUAAAAAUUAAUUUGAAACGAAUAAAAGAAAAAAGAAAUAGACAACAAAAUGUUUUAACUGAUUUAAAAUUAGAAACUAAUGUAAAGAAGCUACUUUUUGAAAAAAUAUCCAAACAAUACGAAGAAGUUUAUAAUCAGAAUCGAUUCAAGUUAUAUGAUCGACUUCAAAAAAUUUUACUAGAAAACUACUUUUUGGAGACAAAGAUUAAGUUACAAAAUGAAACCCUCGAAAUAAAUACCAUAGAGCUGAACAAAUGGAAGGAGUGUGUAGAUCCUGAACAAAAUGAAGUGAUUAACAAAGCUUUGACCACUAUGUUUCAAAAGUUUGAAAUUUUGAAAAAGGAAGUUGAAGAUUUAGUGGAUAAAAAUGAACAGAAUAAAGAAAAUUAUGAAGCAAUGAUGCACCUGAAUUAUUUUUCCAAUGAUGAUUUGGAUGUUUUAAAAAGAGAAAAUAUAUGA